AUGAUAAAAAAGCCAAACAGUUCCAUUAGAUUACCGGUUGAAUGUGUUGAAGGAAUCUUGCAAUUUCUUGAGGAUGAUAUAGAAUCACUUCAUUCAUGUGUUUUAGUUAACCGACUUUGGUGUAGGUCAGGAAUUUCAUUACUAUGGAGCCAGCCAUUUUCAUUUGUUGGGAGACGAGCACAUAAAAUUAUAGAUGUUUACAUAUUGUUUCUAACUGAUGAAAAAAAAGAAGUGUUAACCAAUAUAGGAUUUAAUAAUAUCAUCGAUAGUGAUAACAAUAAUGACAAUGAAAACAAAAAAACAUUAUUUAAUUAUCCAAAGUUCUUUAAAAGACUAGACAUUAACGGGUUAAGAAAUUCGAUAAGAUGCUGGCUAAUCAAUUAUUACUACGAUAAUUUAAAACACGCUAAAAUUUACGUGGCUUUUAUUGCAGAGUUAGAUGAUCGAUUAGUAACAGAUAGAGAAUUUGAAAUUGUUGGUAAUUUAUUUAUAGAUUUAACGGAAUAUUCUUCUAGGAUUGAGUAUGCGCAUAUAGAUUUUAAUGGGUUACCUGUUGAGCCCAUAGAUCUUGAUGAAUUUGAUUCACUGAUUUCAUUAUUUUUAGAGUCGCAGAAUUCUUUAAAAGAUCUAACCAUUGCAAUAUUAUGGUCGAAUUCUGCAGCUUCUUUAGUAAUGCAAAGUUUAUCUAGUGAUUUAUUAUCAAACUCUCUAAGAUAUUUAAAGCUUCACCAGCUAUCACAAAAUAGUUAUCAUCAGUUAUUAAGUAUUUUGCACCUAUUAAACAAUUUAGAAACUUUACAAAUAAUUGGGUUUUACGAGGAGAAUAUCGAAGAUUUGAAGGAAUUCAGUGAUGAUGAUGACAAAUUAAAACCGAUUAAUUUAAAAAAUUUACAUUAUGAGGGAUCCGGAUCAGAAUAUGACAUAUUUAUUUCAUUACAUCCCAUAAUCAUAAUGUCUAGCUCUAAUUUAAAAACAUUAUCAACCGAUUUCGUUACCACAGAAUUAUUAGAAACAAUUUCGAAAUAUUGUGUAAAGUUAACACAUUUGUCAAUUUCUUUAAUAAUAAAUGAAAUACCCGAGAUAUUAUUCAGUUUAUUUGAUUCACUUAAAAAUUUAAACCAUUUAUCAAUCUAUACAAACUCGGCAGAUGUUCCAUUUACCUCAACCGAAAAUUUAUCAACAUUUUCUAGAAAAAUUCCCAAAACUUUAAAAUAUUUUGGGUUUGAUUUUUUAAUUUCUCCUGAUAUAUUAGAUUUUUUCCUAAAAGAAUGCAGAGCUUCGUUACAAGCAUUAGCUAUUUACAGGAGCGAGAUGGUUAAUGAGGAAUUGUUAAUUGUCAUUGAAAAACAUUUUAAAGAGAAAAAAUCUUUAAAACGAUUAUUAAUAGAUCCUCCUGAUUGUGAUUUCCAAAUGAAUAAAUACGAAAUACCAAUCAUUUCAGGCACAAUCGAUCCUUGUUAUCCUUUCAGCGGACCUUCCACAAAAGAAUAUGAAAACAAAUGGGAUAAAGAUAUUUUUGUUGAUUUCGAUAAUGAAUUAUGA